ACCAAUCGGCUGUGGAAGGCAGAGUUGUCCCUGUGGCCGCCAUUAAAGAAAGGAAUCCAUGAAUUCAAAUGGAAACCAACAGGAACCGAAGCUGAAAUAAUGCUCUAAAUAUUCGCUCCAACACAGCCCAAUGGCUUACAUCGAGAGGUUUUUAAAGGAUCUAUUUCGUUUUUAGGUGAAUUUUGCGAUGGACGACUAAGACAGGUCGUUUUAUUUUUUAAGCAGAGACCGUUUUAGGGCUAAGGGGGAGGGGGAGAGUUGCUUCUUUUGCUCCCCCUUUCUUUUUGUUUUCUCAGUAUUUUUCUGCUCCUUGAAUGAGUUUUUCGUGCGUGCUUUUGACAUGCCCAUGUAAUAAGAGCCAGUCUCUGUUAUACGCUUUUAGCUCCGGCGGAGGAACUGCCAGAGGAAGGUUGUUAAAUUAACUAUCCUCCAGCCAAAUGUUACAACAAAAUAUCUCUCGUUGAUUGAGUCUGCACAUCUUUGAAAACACAAAUCCGACAAUUGUUCUUUAUUUCCCGAUGAAGUGAAAUGAUGGAGAGUUGGAUUUUGCAGUGAAGAAGCAUGAGUUCUUGUUUCGUACCGAACGGGGCCAGCUUGGAGGAUUGCCAUUCCAAUCUAUUCUGUCUGGCUGAUCUGACUGGGAUCAAAUGGAAGCGGUUUGUAUGGCAGGGCUCUCCCUCUGCUCCCAUCCUGUUCCCGGUGACAGAGGAGGACCCCAUCCUAAGCAGCUUCAGCCGCUGCCUGAAGGCGGAUGUGCUGAGCGUGUGGAGGCGUUGUCAGAGGCAGGGCAGCAGGGAGCUGUGGCUCUUCUGGUGGGGAGACGACCCCAACUUCAGCGAUCUCAUCCACCACGAGCUGGAAGGUAAGAGGCAACUCUGCUGGGUUUGGAUUACAACUUUCAGACCUGUGUCUACUUAUAAACUGGCAGGAUGCUUGGAAGUAGGGCUCGAGCACCUGUCCUGCGCCUUCACCUUCUUCUUACAUGGCGAGAACAACGUGUGCACCAGUGUGGAGAUCAACCAGCACCAGCCCAUCUACCACCUGACCGAAGACCACCUCGCCCUGGCACAGCAGGCCUCCAGCCCCUUUCAAGUAAUCCUGAGCCCGUUCGGUCUAAAUGGAACACUCACUGGUCAGUCGUUCAAGAUGUCAGACCCUCCCACCAAGAGGCUCAUCGAUGAGUGGAACCAGUUCUAUCCCAUCAGCCCCGGCACCAAGGAGGGUACAUGUGAAGACAAGAUGGAGGACAUGGACUGGGAGGACGACUCUUUGGCGUCUGUAGAAGUCCUCGUUGGUGGUGUCCGGAUGGUGUACCCAGCCUGUCUGGUACUGGUGCCUCAGUCAGACCUCCCUGUUAUUGCCCCUGUGGGGUCCUCCCACUGCACUGCCGUCUACACGGGUGCCCACCAAGUGCCUGCUUCCCACAGAGAGCCUGCUAUGUCUUUGGUCACGCUCACCCCUCCCACCUCUCCGGAAGAGACACCACCAGCGGAGUCUUUCACAGCUCAAAAGUGGGUCAAAAUGACUUCAUCAUCAGAUGUCUUCAGUGUGGAUAGAACAAAUCAUCAUGGAGGCAAGAUUCCUCGACGACUCUCCCACCAGGUGGUGAAACGAGUUUGGCAAGAGUGCAAUAUCAACCGAGCUCAGAACAAGCGCAAGUACUCAGCUACCACCAACGGUACCUGUGAGGAGGAGCUGGCGGAGAGACUUGGAGUGUGGGAUUUUGUGGAGCAUUCAAAGCGGUCUCACUGCAGCUGUUCUAGACACAAAUCGGUGAAGCAGCGAACAGGCAGCACCCCAGGUCUACCACAGUUGCCGGGACAACCCUUACAAACUCCCACGAAGCACAAAGCAGGGGGAGACAAGCCAGAGAAGGGAGACAAGCAGCAAAAAAGGCCACAGACACCUUUUCAUCAUCGCAGUUUGACCUGUGAAGAGACGUCGAUAGAGAGCGAGGCCACUGCCAACCAGAGGCUAGCACUACGGAGCCAGGAAGGAGGCAGGUUCACAAAUAUUCGUUCUACAGAUGUGUCCAGCAUUCAAAAAGCCUCUCAGCUACAUAGUGCGCCGUCGGAACAGGCCAACUCCCCUCCGCCCCCACCCUUAAGCCCCCACCCAUGUGAACAAAGUGAGGAGUCCGGAGAAGGAAACAAGAACCCCUCAAGCCCCAACAGUCAACACUUCUAUCAACCACCGCCAGAGCCCUGUCUCGUGGGAGGGAAGAGCGGUGAAGAGCCAGGUGGUCCUGAAGGCCUCAGUCAGCACUUCCACAUGCCCUCAGGGGUCCCCUCUUACCUAGAGACCCCAGAACCUACAGUGUAUAUGGGCUCAGCAGUCAAUCUAGAGGUGGACAGCUCUCAUGCACCAUGGAGGUUCUUUAACCUGCCUCGCAAGAAAGACUCAGAGCUACCGGCCCUUCUACUGCCUGGAGACAAGCUGAGGGACGAUGCAGCGUCUUCACCGGAGAGCUUAGUGUCUGUCACAGAAGUGAUGUCUAUAUCUAAGCAUCCACUGAAGGUGUCAGAUGAGCGUCUGCAGAUGUAUCGUGCCAGGAGGACUCAGUACCUGUCUGCUGCCAUCACGGAUGGAGACCACGAGCCCGAGGUGGACCCCUAUGCAUUUGAGGAUGGGGAUGUGAAGUUCACUUUCUCCAAGAAGGACAAAGCUGGAGGAGAGAGAGAGCCAGGCAAGAAGCAUAAGGGAGAAGAUGGCGGAGUGGGUCAAUCUGAUGAUGCUCAGAAGGGAGCUGCUCACAACCGUGUGGCUCCUACAAGUCUUUUUCACGAGACAGAUCUGGUUGUGUCCAUCAACGAUCUGGACAACCUUUUCAACUCGGAUGAAGAUGAUCAGGCUCCUGGCUCCAGACGACCCGUGAAUGGAGCUGAUGAGAAAUUUGGGAGUAAGGAGUCUAAACCAUCUCUGGACCCUGUGUCAUGUAUAAGUUCUGCAGAUCUGCAUCAGAUGUUUCCCACACCUCCUUCACUGGAGCAGCACAUUAUGGGCUACUCUCCCAUGAACAUGUGCAGUAAGGACUAUGGCAGCAUGGAGACCACCCCAGGCAUGACCACCCUGGAAGGACUCUCAUCUCUGGGAGGACAUUUCAAGAUUGAGGUGGAGGAGAGCUUCUGCAGCCCUAAGCCAUCAGAGAUCAAGGACUACUCGUUUGUUUACAAGCCCGAGCUGUGCCAGGCGUUUGUGGGCUGCUCCAUGUUCGCUCCUCUAAAGACACUGCCCAGCCAAUGUUUACCUCCCAUCAAGCUCCCAGACGAGUGUGUUUACAGACCCAGCUGGACCAUGGGCCGAGAGAUGCCUGUCAUGACUUUCAUCAACAAAGACAGCAAUAUCCCUAGUGUGGGCAGCCUAAUGGAGCAGGACUACACUCCUCAGACACACACCCCUUUCAUGUCCAACAGUGCCCCACCGAGUAACAGUGGUGCGGGGAUACUGCCGUCACCAGCGACCCCACGCUUCUCUGCCCCCACCCCCAGAACUCCACGCACUCCCCGAACCCCCCGCGGAGGACCCUCCAGUGUCCAGGGCUCGCUCAAAUAUGAGAAUCCUGACCUGUACUCUCCCGCUUCUACCCCCUCCACCUGUCGACCUUUGAACUCUGUCGAACCAGCAACAGUGCCCCCUAUCCCCGAAGCCCACAGCCUCUACGUUACCCUCAUCCUCUCCGAGUCGGUCAUGAAUCUUUUCAAAGACUGUAACUUUGAUAGUUGCUGCAUUUGCGUCUGUAACAUGAAUAUCAAAGGGGCCGAUGUAGGGGUCUAUUUGAGUGAUCCGAUCGGAGAAGCUCAGGAACAAUGCACUUGCGGAUUCAGCGCCAUAGUUAACCGGCGAUACGGCAACGAUUCUGGCCUCUUUCUGGAAGAUGAGUUGGAUAUCAUUGGACGGGGGUCUGAUGCUAGUCGAGAAGCAGAGAAAAGGUUUGAGGAGGUACGGUUGACGUCGCUGGAGGGGAGUUGUAUGGCAAGAGGAGAGCGUGUGCCGGAUGAGCUGGUUGGCCUGGUACAAGAACUAUGCACUAACCCUUUUUCACCCAUCUCGAUCCUGGAGGAUGACAUCGCUACACGGGGCUUAACCAGGACGCCCUGCCAGAGAGUGGAGGAGAGAGACUAUCGCGGAGACUGUUAUAUGGCAUUAGAACGUGGAAGGCAAUUUAUGGACAAUAUGUCAGGGGGCAAGGUGGAUGAGGCGCUGGUCAAGGGGACAUGUCUGCAUCAUUGGGCCAAGCAAAAUGUUGUAGAUGUGAAUUCGUUAUGCUCUCAGGAUGUACUGAGAGUACUGAUGUCGCUGCAGCCUGUUCUUCAAGAUGCAAUUCAGAAGAAGAGGACAGUUAGGUCAUGGGGUGUCCAAGGCCCUCUCACCUGGCAACAGUUUCACAAGAUGGCUGGGAGAGGGUCCUAUGGCACUGACGAGUCCCCCGAGCCCCUCCCCAUCCCCACCUUCUUAGUGGGCUACGAGUUUGACUUCGUGGUUCUGUCGCCGUUCUGCCUGCCCUACUGGGAGAAGCUGUUACUGGACCCUUUUGGUUCCCAGCGGGACAUUGGGUACCUGGUGGUCUGUCCUGACAAUGAGGCUCUGCUCAGUGGUGCCAAAAGCUUUUUCAGAGACCUCACUGCUGUUUAUGAGUCUUGCCGGCUGGGCCAGCACCGACCCAUUUCAAAAGGUUACGCAGAUGGGAUUGUUGUUGUUGGAGGCACAGUAGCUAAGAAUCAUUCGGAGCAGCCAGUGAGCGACUGGUUUCUCAAAGCCGCCAGCAGCAACAGUGAUGCCUUCACCAAGCUUAAACUCUAUGCACAAGUUUGUCGCCAUGACCUUGCUCCAUACCUCGCAUCACAGUCUUUGGAUGGGUCCCUCCUCACACAGCUCUCUCCUGCCUCUUCUGGUCAGGCGCCCACACAACAGUCUAGCUCCUCCUCUAGCGGCCAGCAGGGCUCUAAUAACAACAACAGCAACAACAGUGCAUCAGGAAACAGUUCUGCAUCAUCAAACACUCAGAAUUCCUCAGGCCAGUCUGGCAGUGGCAUGGCGUCUGUCAAGCCAAGCUCCUAUCCCCCUUUUGGGAGCAUGGGUACUCAGGUCCAGGGAAGUGGUUCCCAGAGUGGACAGCUGGGACAGCAGGCUGGGGCUCAGAGCACUGGCCCCUCAGGCGAUAGCUCCAACAGCCAGACUCAGGCAUCCACUGAGCCUCCUGAAAGCACUUUGGAACGGGAAAAGGUUGGCGUUCCAACUGACGGGGAGUCCCAUGGUAUCACAUAUCCCCCUGCCAUCGUCGUUUACAUUGUGGACCCUUUCAGUUAUGAGGAGUCUGACAGCGGUGCAGUGCCAGGCCACUCCAAUGUCUGGACUCUGGGCUUGCUCCGCUGCUAUUUAGAAAUGCUUGACUUCCUGCCCCCUCACAUUCGCAAUGCUGUUUCUGUUCAGAUUGUGCCCUGUCAGUAUCUGCUACAGCCUGUCCGAGGUAUAGAUCGCCAUCUGUACGCCCAGCACCUCAAAUCUUUGGCCUUUACCGUGUUCGCCCAGUGCAGAAGACCACUGCCCACCUCCACUCAUGUCAAGUCUCUGACAGGCUUCGGCCCUGGUUUAGCCAUCGACACUGCCCUCAAGUCCUCAGAGAGACCAGAAUGCGUCCGCCUUUACACCCCUCCCUUCAUCUUGGCCCCAGUAAAGGACAAGCAGACAGAACUCGGAGAAACAUUCGGUGAAGCGUCGCAGAAGUACAACGUCCUAUUUGUGGGAUACUGUUUGUCACAUGACCAGCGCUGGCUCCUGGCCACAUGCACAGACCUCUAUGGGGAACUCCUGGAGACAUGCAUCAUAAACAUUGAUGUGCCCAACAGGGCGCGGAGGAAAAAGGGGUCAGUGCGGAGGUUGGGUCUACAGAAGCUUUGGGACUGGUGUUUGGGGCUCGUGCAGAUGACAUCAGUGCCGUGGAGGGUUGUGAUUGGUCGACUGGGCAGGAUAGGACACGGCGAAUUAAAAGACUGGAGUAUCCUGCUGAGUCGGAGAAACCUGCAGUCCUUAAGCCGACGGUUGAAAGAAAUGUGCCGAAUGUGUGGAAUCUCUGCCUCGGAUACUCCCAGCAUCCUCAGUGUGUGUCUUGUUGCUAUGGAGCCACAAGGAUCCUUUAUUAUCAUGCCAGACUCUGUAUCAACGGGCUCAGUGUUUGGCCGAAGCACCACUCUGACCAUGCAGACGUCUCAGCUCAGCACUCCUCAGGACACCUCCUGCACUCACAUCCUGGUCUUCCCCACCUCCGCCUCUGUCCAAGUGGCCAACUCAAACUACCCCAACAUCGACCCCAACCUGGAUAUCCUCAAUGCCACCACUGAUGGGUCAGAUGCUAUAGGAAUCUUAGACCUGCUAGAAGAAGAAACUGCAUUGGUUGAUCCAGACAUCAUCAUUUCCCCAACCAACUCCCCAGUUCACUCCCCAGGGGGCUCGCAUUACCACCACGGGGGAGACGGUAGUAAGGGCCAAAGCACAGAUCGUAUGGAGUCGCACGAUGAGGUCCCCUUCCUCCUACAGCAGCCACUGGCCCUGGGCUAUUUCGUCUCCACAGCCAAAGCCGGACCACUACCCGACUGGUUCUGGUCAGCCUGUCCACAAGCUCAAAACCAAUGUCCACUCUUCCUCAAGGCCUCUUUGCACCUCCAUGUGUCUUCAGUGCAAUCAGAUGAACUCCUACACAGCAAACACACCCAUCCCCUGGACUCCAAUCAGACCUCAGAUGUACUUAGAUUUGUUCUGGAACAGUACAACGCCCUCUCCUGGCUGACAUGUGAUCCAGCAACGCAGGAUCGGCGUUCGUGUCUUCCCAUUCACUUUGUGGUGCUCAAUCAGAUGUACAACUUCAUCAUGAACAUGUUAUAACCAGGAGCCUGUUACACUCGAGACAAAGGAGGCAGAGGUCAAAUGAGUGGCACCAGCACAACAGUUUCCAAAGACCGAAGAGAGAAACAGCUGUUGUGUGGAGGUGGUCCUGUGUUGUUUGGAGGUGGUCCUGUAUUGUGUGGAGGUGGUCCUGAAGAACAAGGGAAAGGACAGGAACCAAGAGAAAAUAAGGAAGUGUCAUGGUGGCGCUGUCACUGGCCAGUUUGUACUGGGAGGAAAUAUCAGUAAUUGUAAAGAAAUUCAAAGAAAAGGGACAUUUUAUUAUGGAAAAACUCAAGAAAGGAUUAUGAAUUUUAAGACCUUGAAUUGCUUUUAUUCCUUUGGAUAGAAUAGUAUCCAAAUGAAAUGCCUGCAUCUUAUCUUAUUUAUUGUAAGUUUUUAAAUGUAUAAUUUGUGUUAUUUCUGAACAUUUUAUAAAAUAGGGAAGGUUUAUAUUACCUUCCCGCUUUAAAGCAAUUGGUCUAAGAUAUACAUAAUUGUCUUAAUUAAAAACUACAGUGGAAAAAAGCAUAAAAAUUGAACAAAGUACCAGUAGGUUGCUUUUAGAGUAUUAUUUUUGUAAUGAGACAAAGUAUUUGUAUUGUCAAAAUGUACAGAAGAGUUAAAGGAGAAUUAUGUUUCAUGCCAUGGAGCAUGAAGGACUCGCAGCAAAGCUGUAGCUACAAAGGACUUGUACAGCAAUGAACUUCACUGUGUUCAAAUAAAGAGGUACAUUGUUGUCUAUAGUAUUUUAUACAACACAUUUAGACACAAAACCAAACGGCAAUAUAUAAAUAUAUAAAAAUUAUAUAAAUAAUUAUAUGAAAGCCAUACCAACAGUUGAUGGUUUGGCCUCUGUUUUAGGAAUAAAGUGCAUCAACUUAA